AUGACGUUGUUCCUGAUUAAAGAGUGGAAGAAAAGACUUGGAGGUCCGCAGGAUCCAUCGGCAUUCCUGAUGGGACUUGACAGCGAACGUUUUUCAACACGAGAGAAGGAAAUCAUCAUUCAUGAACUUGACGAUUGGGAUGUCAUCAUUCCGACAUGGUUUGAGAUUGCCGACUAUCUCCCUUCAAUUGAAAAGCUACACGAGAACACUAAAUUUGCGCAAAGGCACCGAGCUGCACUGUUGGCUUCAAAGGUUUCUUAUUGUCUUGGCGAUGAUCGGGGUGCUUUGAAUUUGGCUCUAGCGGCGGCUGACCUUUUUCAAUUGAUCCCACGCCCUUCGAGUAAAGCUGUCGGAAAUCAAGAUGAAUUGUACGUCAACAAGAUGAUUGAAAUUGGACUGGAUACUUACAAGGAGAACCGUGCACGUGGCGAGAAGUCUGAUGAAAAAUUGGAAGCUUUAGUCAACCGGAUUUUCCAAAACAACAUUGAUCGAAAGGAGCUUCGUUUUGUUAUUGGUUUGGCUCUUGAAACUCGUCGAGUCGAUAUGAUCGAGGCUGCAAUUCAAUCGAGUUCGGAUAAAAUUGGGCUUCUAACUGAGACGGUUCAGCGUGUGCUUGAAGCUCAACUCGAUACUGGACUUCGCAACUCUGUGCUCGACUUGUUGCUUGGAAUCUUUUCAAAAAUGCCGAAUCCAGAUUUUGUUGCAAUGUGCCAGUGUCUGAUUCGUUUGGAGAAGCCCCGAGAUGUUGCAUUAAUUCUCAGCCGUUUGCAUGGAACAGAUACUGAAGGAGAACUUAUGGCUUAUCAGCUUGCGUUUGAUCUAUACGAGAAUGCGACUCAACAGUUUAUCAACGCAAUCAACCGAGAGCUGGAAGAAGGAGGACAACACGAUGGUCAAGUAGCUACCGUAGCCGAAAAAACCACAACGCCGCCGCCCAAAGAUUCGCCAAAAUCUGACGAGUCUAGUCCAAGUACUGGUAUUGACAACCACUCGACGCCCAGCCCAAUCAAAGAAAUUAAUGCAAAAGAACGAAUCAGAUUGAUACUUUCUGGACAAGAGACAAUCCGUCUUCACAUGCAGUUUUUGAUCAAGAACAACCACACGGAUAUGUUGAUUCUCAAAGAAAUGAAGGAUAGUGUUCGUACAGCAACAGCCCAUAAUGCCACUUUGAUUGCGAAUGGGUUCAUGCACUUUGGAACAACGUGCGAUGAUUUCUUGCGGGAUAACCUCGAGUGGAUUGGAAAAGCAACUAAUUGGAACAAAUUCAAUGCUGUGGCAACGCUUGGAAUGAUCCAUCGGGGUCAUGAAGCUAACGCGAUGAAACUUCUCGAUGCUUAUCUACCAAAAACGGAAGUUGACCAAUUUGGAUUUAAAGAGGGAGGAGCAUUGUACGCGCUUGGCCUAAUUCAUGCCAAUCAUGGAAAUGCUGCUGUAAUCAAAUACCUUCGGGACCAACUACAAAAUGCCCAAGCAUCUCCUGUUCGUCACGGAGCCUGUCUUGGACUUGGACUUGCUGCGAUGGGGACACGCGAUCAAGAUGUUUACCGGCAGCUGAGAGACACUCUGUAUAUGGAUGAUGCGGUUACGGGAGAAGCAGCAGCGGUUGCGAUGGGUCUGGUUAUGGUUGGAGAUCACAACGACACGGUCUUUCAGGAAAUGGUCCAAUAUGCUCAAGAAACUCAACACGACAAAAUUCAACGGGGGAUUCGUACUGGCCUUUCACUUUUAGCUUUUGGUGGUGCCGAUACUGCAGAACCAUGGAUUGAUCAGUUAAUUGAAGUUAAAUCGAACGCUGUUCUCCGUCAAUCGGCUGUUUGCAUGUUGGCCAUGGCUUAUGCAGGCACCGGUAAUGCAAAUGUUGUCAGAAAACUCUUGGCCAAGGUUGCCGCUGAUCCUAACAACGAUGUGAAGAGAUGGGCUGUGAUUGGUUUAGGAUUUGUUCUGAGCAAGGAACCGGAUCAGUGCGUUUCAUAUACUUCAAUGCUGGUUGAACAUUUUAAUGGCCACGUUCGUUAUGGAGCUGCUAUUGCAUUGGGAAUUGCGUGUGCAGCAUCCGCAAACCGAGAAGCAAUUGCCCUCAUUGAGCCCCUACUUUCGGCCAAGGAGAACUUUGUUCGACAAGGAGCUGUCAUUGCCCUUGCUUUGAUUCAAAUUCAGCACACAGAAGCAACCUCACCAAAGAUCGCUGAACUGAGGAAAACUUUUACAAAGAUGGCUAGUGAGCGGGGUGAAGAUUCAAUGACCCGUUUUGGUGCUAUGGUGGCCCAAGGAAUUAUUGAUGCCGGAGGACGUAAUGUUACGGUGUCUCUCCAGAAUCGCAACGGCUAUCCCGAUCUAGCUGGUGUUGUAGGAAUGUUUGUCUCAAUGCAAUAUUGGUAUUGGCACUCAUUCACUCUUUGCAUCUCACUCGCCUUCAAGCCUUCAUGCAUCAUUGGGUUGAACACCAAAUUGGAGAUGCCGAAAGUGGAGUUCAAAUCAAAUUCUCGAGCUUCUGUUUUUGCCUACCCGCCAGCUAUUGAACCCAAACGAAAAGAGGAAAAAGAAAAGGUUGAAGCAGCUAUCCUUUCAAUCACCGGCCGAAAGAAGGGGAGCCUUUUGAGUGCGUUGAGACCUCUCUCGGCAGCGAAAAAAGAAAAGGAGGUUGAAAAGAUGGAUGUUGAUACCGAAGGAAAGACUGAAGCUAAAGAUGAAGUCAAAAUUGAAAAGAAGAAGAACGAACCUGAACCAUUGACUCACUCGAUCUCCAAUCCUGGCCGUGUUGUCAAACUGCAGUUGAAGACACUUGCAAACAUGGAAAACGCGCGAUAUUUGCCUCUGAAGCCGCUUAAUAUGGGUGGAAUUAUCAUGCUGCGUGACACGCGUCCAGAAGAAAAGGAAGAAUUAGUCGCUACGGUUGCUGCUGGUGGAAUCCCGGCUUCAGUGGAUGCAGUGGUCUCUGAACUUCAACCGCCCGCAGCUUUUGAGAUUGAGUUGAAGAAAUAU